CAAUACAAGGUGUUCAUUCUUGACAUCCCCUUCAACUUCUAUUCUCUUUUGAAACACUUAGAAAAGAAAAAAAAAAUGUCUGCGUUCCUUUUGCUUUUCCUAGUUUUUUCUUCUCAGUUGAUCGGUGGACUCAAUACACCUCUACCAUCUCCAAUCUAUGGAAACCUCGUAACCAUUCUCAGCAUAGAUGGAGGUGGUAUAAGGGGUAUCAUUCCAGCUGUAGUUCUUGACCACUUCGAAAAGGCUCUUCAGGCAUGGGAUAAAAGUGCAUCACUAGCAAGUUAUUUUGAUGUCAUAGCAGGGACUAGCACAGGAGGACUCAUGACUGCUAUGCUCACUACUCCUCACCCAGACGACCCCACUCACCCUCUGUUUACUCCCAGCGGAAUCAUAGAAUUUUAUAAAAAAUACGGUCCUUCUAUAUUCAAUGAAACUAGUGGUUGGGAUAAUGCAUUCCCGGGUCCCAAGUACGACGGCAAGUUCUUACAUAAUAAAGCACGUGAGUUGCUGCAGGAUACGCGAUUGAGCCAGACACUGACCAAUGUUGUAAUACCAACCUUCGACCUUAAGAAACUUCACCCAGUUAUAUUCUCAAACUUUCAGCUGAAGACAGUUCCUAGCUUUGAUGCGAAGCUGUCAGAUAUAUGCAUUGGGACCUCAGCAGCACCAACUUAUCUUCCACCCUAUUACUUUGAGAAUGAUGGCACUGAAUUCAAUUUGGUUGAUGGUGGCGUUGCAGCAACUAAUCCGGCCAUGGCUGCUGUCAAUGAAGUGAUAAAGCAACAGAAGCUGGAAAAGAAUCUCGACAUCAGUUAUAAAAAGUCAAAUGAAUAUACCAAAAUCCUGUUAUUGUCUAUAGGCUGUGGAACUGCGAAGGCUGUGGGUUAUGAUGCCCAAGUUGCAGAUCAGUUCUCAGCAACUGUAUGGGCGGGGUCAGGCCUUGCAACUAAUGCUUAUGAUUAUGCUUCUAAAGAUAUGACUGAGUUUUACCUUACCACAGUCUACCCAGGCCUCCAAUCUUCUGACUACUACCUUCGAAUUCAGGAAUAUAACUUGGAUCCAUCCAUGGAUGCCCUCGAUAAUGCCACUGCUAUGAACUUGGAAAAUCUUGAAAAGGUUGGACAGAACUUGCUGAAACAACCAGUUUAUAGCAUGAAUGUGACUACUUUUCAACCAGAGGAAGAAAAAGAAUGGGGAACAAAUGCUAAAGCUCUUAAAAGGCUGGCUGAGGUUCUGUACACUGAGAAGCAGCUGCGUUUGAGGAAUAAAUCGAAGGAAAAAAGGGGACGACCAUUUAUUAAAGCUGUUACAGACCUGUUUGACCGUUCUUAGGCAUGAAGAAUAAAUAUACUAGAAUAAAUGCCAAGGUGCAUAGGCUUGCACUAUAUAUGUUGUGAGUUCUGUGCUUGAUGGAAAAUAAACAUAUCAUGCCGUAAAUAAAUCAUGGAUGGAUCGUGAAUGUUAGAGUAUUAUGAAAUUGGUCCUGAAUUUCUAUUUCUUGCCUUUUA